GAAGAAAGCAAAUAUAUAUCCACACUAUACAACACUCUAAUACUCCCAAAAAUAUCCAUUAAAUACUCCCCAAAUACUCAUGUAUUCAUAGGCUUCCGACAAACUUCAGCACACUCACCCUGAAAUUUUUCCAGUUAUCAUUCAUACUAUAAUUGCUUGCUUAUAUUUAUAUGAAAUCAUUAUAUAUAAAAUUAUAUUCUUCACUGUGUAGAAGCAGUUUCUUAGCUUAGUGAUCCAGCAACGACCAUCACCACCUCGAUUCACGAACUGGAUUUUCGACAGAUCUUGGAUAAGAGCCACAGAUUCCACGCUAGUUCGCUUUGACUUUUGAAGAAAGAGCCAAAGGCAAGGAUAAAAACAAUUCUGCAACUCGAUCUGGGUCACUGUGCUUUUUCUCGCUUUCCCUGUUGUUACCUCCUUGGAUUCCGGUGGUAGUGUUUCUGUGUUGAAAGUUCCACUUUUAGGUGUUAUCAUGGACUCCCCACAAUCUGUUGUUUCUCCAUUCAAGAGCUCUCUUGUUGCGGAGCCAGAGAAGCAGAAAUCUGACUUUUUCAUUCGAAGCUCAGGUCCCUUAUCUAAGGGAAUUGAGGUCAACAGAGUGGAAGCUGAGGUAUCUAACUUUGAGAACUUCAUUGGUGUUCUGGAGGUUUACAUACAUCAGGCUAGAGACAUCCAUAACAUCUGCAUUUACCACAAGCAAGAUGUUUAUGCUAAGCUUUGCCUGACUAGUGAUCCAAACAACACACUUUCCACCAAGACCAUCAAUGGUGGUGGUAGGAAUCCAGUGUUCAAUGAGAAUCUGAGGUUUAAUGUUCGGACUAUAGAGUCUUCUCUCAAAUGUGAGAUAUGGAUGCUGAGCAGGGUGAAAAAUUAUCUUGAAGACCAGUUGUUGGGGUUUGCUUUGGUGCCUUUAUCUGAGGUCCUAAUGAAAAAUGGCAAGUUGGAGAGAGAGUUCUCUCUUUCUUCUACUGAUCUAUUACAUUCUCCAGCUGGGUUUGUUCAGUUGUCUCUCUCAUAUAAUGGAGCUUCCCCUGACUUGAUUGCUUCUCCAGCCGUGCAGUCAAGCGUGCAGGACUCCGAAAUAUCGGAGUCUCUCCCCAGUGAGUUGGAUAAGAUAGAGUUCCCAGAUCCUAAGAUUGUCAAUGAAGACCAGAUAAUGGUCUCGGAAUAUUUUGGCAUCCCUUGUGCUGAUUUGGACUCCCAGAGUUCUGAGAGCUUUGUCUCUUGUGAUGCUGAGAAAGAGCCUCCCAGAGAAAUGGGGGUCCGUGUUGUGGAAAGCUUCUCACCACCUGCUGUCGAGUCUGUUCAAGUUCCGAAGAUUGACUCCCCACCGAGCAGUGUCUCAACCAAUGGGGUAUCAUCUCCUUCUGUCCCUGCGAGCUCCGAGUCGUCUGAAGCGCAGGUAACCUCAAAAUCUCCAACUCAGGAGCAUGCUUCAGUCCCAAAAGAGCCAAAAGAGAAAAAUGUGCACGUUAAAGAUAGUGAGAGUGAAUCAUCCGGUGGGGCACCAAGUGAUUCAUUUACAAAGCCAGUUGUCACUGUGAACAUUGAGCCUGAGCAAAAUGUGGUGCAGCAGGACAUAGUUGACAUGUACAUGAAAAGUAUGCAGCAGUUUACCGAGUCCUUGGCAAAAAUGAAGCUUCCUUUGGACGUUGAAACAACCAGUUCAGGAGAUUCCAGCACUGAUAAGAACAUACAGGCAACAAAGAACAGCGGGAAUCGAGUGUUCUAUGGCAGUAGGGCGUUCUUCUGAGCUUUUGUUUCAUGUGGGGUUGUGUGAGAGAAGAAGAAGCACAGGUGACUCUAGAUUUUAGAAUGGGGACUAAUACUAGUGGUGAAGGUUAAUAAUGUAUCAAUGUAGUGUGUUGUUUUCCUUUGGUGAAAUGCUUUUAGAUGACAAGCGAAAAUCAUGACUGGUACUCUGUUAUGAGAUUUGAUCUAUCCCAACUUCUGUUUAGUGUAAAUGCACUGUUUCUGUUGCAAUUUUCUAUCUUUUUCUA